AUGCGUGCGCGUCCGCUGUUCGCGCAUGCCUGCGUCGUGCGGGCAAACCGCCAGGGAGCACCACCGCCGGCGCCGCGUAACCGCGCGCUCGCGCCGCCGCUGCUAGCGUCCGACGGCAUCCCAUGGCUCCAAUCACGCCAGCCACGCAUCGCCUGCGGGCGGAGCGUCCGGCACUCUGUCGCGGCGGCCAGUCUCGAUUCUCACACAGGCUUUCCGUCCUCCGAGCGUCGCGUCGACUACGACGCCGUCCUGGACACCCUCAGCAGCGAGCAGCGCGAAGUCAUCGACGCCCCCCUCGGCGCGCCGCUGCUCGUCAACGCCGGGCCUGGCUCGGGGAAGACUCGCGUGCUGGUGGUGCGCGUGGCCGACCUCGUGCAGCGCCGCGGCGUGAAGCCGUGGACGGUCGUGGCCAUCACCUUCACGAACCGCGCAGCCGUGCAGCUCAAGCAGCGCCUCCAGGACAUCCUCGGGGACCGCGGCAACCUCGUCACGGCCUGCACAUUCCACUCCCUCUGCGUGCGCACCCUCCGACGGCACCUCGCCGACUUCAACGCGGCCGGCCGCACCGGAGCCUUCACGAUCCACGACCAGGACGACUCCGUGUCGCUCGUGCGGACGUGCCUCGUGGAGGACCUGGGCUUCGACCCGAAGGACAAGAAGAAGUCCCGGACGGUCGCGAAGGACAUGCAGCGGCUGAUAUCGCUCGCGAAGAGCCACUUCAUAUCUACGCCCAUGACGGACGGCGCCGAGGCCGUCGAGGUGCUCCUGGGCGGCGGGGCCCGCGGCGAGCCCCUCCAGGGCUACAGCGGCGAGCUCACCGACGAUGCGAAGCGGCGGCUGUUCGUUAAGCUCUGGGCACACUACCACCGGCGGUGCCAGCAGCUCAACGCCAUCGACUUCGACGACCUGCUCGGCCUCACGGUCGCGAUGAUGCGCGCCGUUCCGGACGUCGCGGACGCCGUCCGCGCCAAGUACCACCACGUGCUUGUCGACGAGGAGAGGUAUGCCAACACAGCGGCUCCGGUCGCGAACGCGCUCUUUGACGGCUUCGCCGCCGCGCUGGCUGACGAGCAGAUCGCCAGCGAGGUGCGGCACAUCGCGGAGCGCGCCAAGCAGCAACUGCUUGCUGACGCAGCAGCGAGGCUGGAGGACGAAGCGCACGCGCCGGCCGUCGCGCUGCUGGCAGCGACGCUCGUCGGGCGUGGCGUCGAGGACGUGGGGGACUCUCAGGACCUGUCUGACAUCGCUGCGCUCUGUCCCCCCCUGCCAGACCACGUCGCGCAGGCGCUGAAGCCGCGCGCGCGUUCCGCGCUGACCAAGUUCCGCUGCAUGAUGUUCGCGCUGGCAGUUCUGCUGCGCCUCGGCCCGCCAGGUAUCGCGCGUCGCGUAUACAAGCUGAUGCUCGGCGUGACGGGAUACGCGGAGUUCCUGGACCAGGGCAAGCUGGACCGCGGCAGCGGCGCGCCGUCGCGCGAGGCGUCGGAGCGGCGGCGCGAGAACGUGAGCGUCGUCGCGCAGGAGCUGGGGGCGUUCCCUGACCGCGUGCGGCGGGACGACACGACCGAGGUGGAGCUCGCGAGUGGGCUUGACACCGUGGUCGCGUUCCUACAGGAGGCGCAGCUGCAGACGCAGGGGACGGAGGAGGCGACGCAGGGCGACGAGGACAAGGUGACGCUGGUGACGAUGCACGCCGCCAAGGGGCUGGAGUACCACACAGUGUUCCUGUGCGCGUGCACGGACGACAUCGUGCCGCACUACAACACCGACAACGAGCCGGAGGAGCGCAGGCUCUUCUACGUCGGGGCCACGCGGGCGGAGCGCAGGCUCCUCGUCACCUUUAGCACCCUGCACUAUCUAGACACCCACCGCCUGACCAAGGUCUCGCGCUACGUGACGCAGGCGCAGCGCCGUGGCGCGGACGUCGCGCCCGUCACGAAGGUCGCUGAGAUGGUGCUGCAGCGGUCUCAGCAAGCUGACGCGCCGGACGCACACGCCCCGUCACAGCACGUGCCCCCGCACGGCAGGCGCACCCGCGGUGCUCCCGGAGGCUGGACGCCCCGGCGAUGA